AUGGCACCGUUUGGACUAAGAGCACUUCCUUCCCCCAAGUCUCAUGUGAACAGACACAACAUCACCAAAAUCCGAUUGAUGGGUUCGAUUCGCCUCUUCUGGUUACACAAAGUUGUCGUGAUAUUCAACUUUGUUUAUGUUCUACAACACUUACUGUUCAGUGUGACUGAACCACAACUUAGGACAAAGCCUUCUAGUGUAUCAGAUGUUGUGGAUGCACCAGAGAUUCUGGCAGUGAUUGGAAAGAUUCCAUUUUUAUCAGAAUUUAUGAACUCUCUGUACGAGUGUCAAUAUGAAUCAUUCUUCUCUGCUUUUGCUGGGAUCACUGAGCAUAUUAACUUGGAUCGGGAACUGGUUGCUGCUGUACUUGAUAUCCUAUCUAAAAAACUACAAUACAACUCUAGAUUAGAGAUAUUUGAAGGUAAUUGCAUCAACAAACAAAAGCAUUGUUGGAACAUAAAGUCAAUUAUGGAAUAUGAAGGCACACCUUUGGGCCCACCUGAAGUUGCAGGCAGUUCUCCUGUAAUGAAGCAGGUGAAACUAGAGAAAGAAAGUGAACUCAGGAUUGAAGUCAAUUUUAAUAGUUCUCUUCACCUCAGGCUACUCAAUGGGACAGCUGAGAUAUUUGGGACCGAAAUGCCCCCAGAAAAUUGGCUCAUCUUCCCACCAAGAAUGAAAUUUGAUGUAAACUCUUAA